GGAAUGGCGAGGAUAGACGAAUAAACUGGGGUGGCGUGAGGGCCCGCGGAUGCUGUAUUAUUAUUUUUUGCCGCCGCUGUGCCGCCCGCCGUUGAGACGAUGCGUGAAUGCGUGCUCGACCUCGUGCUGGGCUAAGCCUGAUCCGAUCCCCCUUCCUCAGGCUCUCGCUGUCGAGACCUGCAUCCUGCAACGCACAGCCGUCGUCCGCCAUCCAAACAACACCGUUGCGCCGCCACCGGAGCUGCACUGCACUGCACGCCCGCACGCUCCAUCGCCUCCCAGAACCAAUUCCCGCCUCGCCGACAAAAGCGUUCGUUUCGAAACACGCCGUCCGUCAGGGUGUCAGCACCAGCAUGUCGCACUAGAGGAGGGGCCUCGAGAGAAUCCUGAUAUACCGCCACAAUGAACAACACGUAUGGCGGCGCCCUGCCUUCCAACUCCUCGGCCGCGAACGCGAGCAAGUACCAGACAAACCUCGGCCGGACAAAAACGAAGAAAUGGGUGCAGGCCAGCGUCCCCAACUAUGACGGCGACGACUGGGGCGACGACUACGGCGACGAGCCUGAACCCGAGCCGGCGCACCCACGUGCCGUCCAUCAGCAGACAUGGCCAUCCCAGCAGCACCCGCCCUCGCUGGCCCCAAGUCUGGGAUCGCGGCCUAUGCUUCCGUCCGAGGCUCCCUGGACUCCCACAGGGGCACGGAAAAUGUCUGGCCCCAUGUCGCUUCCUUCACAAGGCCAACAGCAGCCCGGCCCGGCGUUGCCGGCAGAGUCGGACCAGUCGUGGCAGGAGCGCCGCUCGUUCACGACCGGCACAACAGACGCCCUGCGCACCGAGCCUAUCCUCUCGCCUACACCGCCAGCAACGACAUCAACAUCGACGCCUCCGCCUCCGCCUCCGCCGGGCGCAGGGCCGUCCAGCCUUGCCUCUGCCCGAGAGAGGGCGCCGCAGGAUGUGGCGCGUACGGCGUCACCUCCCACGGCGCCUCCUGGCGGGCCGCCUAGUGCCCCCCAGAGUCCCGCCACCAAGUUCCCGCCCCGAAAGAGCAGCAUGAGCCACAAAGACGGACCGCCCAACGUCGCAAACUUUGGCCCGCUACUACAAAGCAGCUCCAAUCCCAGCUCCAAGCCCGGUAGUCCAUCCAGGGCCAACAACCCAAGGCCGUGGAUGGAGGCGCGUUCGGGUUCACCACAAGGACCUCGAUCGCCCCCGCAGACAGGCAAGCCGCUCCCGUUUGUGAGGCCGGCCGACAUAUACAAGCGGCUAGAGGAGGAAAAGGAGAAGGAGCGCCGUUCACUGGACUCGGGCAGGCCGAGCCUGGAGAGCCUCAGUGCAGGGAGUGGCGGCGACUACCGGGUCGGGUCUCCUGGAGCUGUAUCAGAUAGUUCCGACCGUGCUAGACGCACCGGUUUUGGCAAAGAUGAUGCGGCACGCGAUCUCUCGCCGCGUGGCCCGAGGCCCCAGGCCGGGCUAGCCACAGUCGCGGAGCGGACCAGCGAGUACGGGCUGGAGGACUACUAUGUCGACGCGGGGGUGGUGCUGGCGACGAGUGCAAACACAUCCGACGAGGCGAAGAAGCACGACUCUGGACCAGCCAGCACCGUCGACGGCAAUCCGAAGCUGAAGACUGCAAACGAAUCCAGCAACACAGCCCAGAAGGUACCCGCUUCUGUCCCCGCACCCGCCACAGUUAUGACGUCCGUCGCUGCCGCUCCAGCGCCUGCCUCCGCAGCGCCCCAGAAAGCAUGUGGCGACGACACAGUGGGAAAUAAUGUGAACACAUCACACACGACCCUCCCCCAACACCGCCUAGCUCAGCAGCAGCCUGUGCCUGACGACAACAGCUCGGUUGCCGAAUCAGACGAGGACGAUAUUCGGCGCUUCAGCACCAGCCCCGUGCUACCCGACUUGUCACGCAUGUCUUCGUUUGGGGUCGAUAUGUUUGGCAACUUUUCAUCAGGCGAUGAGCUGCAGCCUUCGUUGUCGACCAUUUCCGAGCAGCAGCCACAACCUCCCGCCGAACGGGGCAUGGCAUCGCCGCCGCUCUCACAGGUUCAGCAGAGCUCGUCAUCACCGGCUGCUUCGUCCAGCUCCACCACGCCUGCGCCAGGCCCCCAGGGUGCCGCCGUAGUGCCGGCGCCGCCCACGGACACAAACAGUCAUGCCGUAGAAACGACUGGCUCUGCUGCCGAUGCCGGGGCUGCUGCACAAGCUAUUGCAAAGGACCACUCCGACACUCGCUCCGACACUCCCCUCUCUUCGGCCUCUGACCUCUCGGCGGCUCCACAAUCUCGGGAACCUGCAGACAGCGCCCUGCCACGUCCCGUAGAUGAAGCCAGCGCGGCAAAACUGCCCAUCACCCCAUUAAAAGAGAGUGCCUCUCGCAGUCCUACGGCCGUCCAAACCUCUGAAAAGCAGACAGGCCCAGCGGGGAAUCUGAUCGGCUCUCGCACCGAGCUCAAAGCACCUCAAGCUGCUGCUGAAGACAUGCAGUCCCCCAUCUCGUCUAAGGAGGGUAGCCGCAGCAGCACUCCUCGAAACGAUAUGGCUGCUGCUCCUCCACCUGUCUCAUCCCGGUCCCGAUCGCAAUCUCCUUCCAAGGUGCAGGCGAUGAUCCAGGCAAUGAAUCAAGCCAACGCAAAGGCGGCUGGCGUCCCACAACAGAGCGGCAAGGUGUCGUCCGGCGCCAGCUCACCUGUGGCUCCUGUGGCACCGCAGCCAUUGCAGGCAAUGCAGGCACCAGCAGCCGUGGCGCCCCCUGCUCCACAGCGUGCUUCCCCUGCCCUUCCAGAGCUCGAGCCGCUCGGGCCUGUAACGCGGACAUCGACAUUUACCACUACGGCAACAGAGUCCCCCGUCAAGGAGAGCGACAAGCUGCGGGAGGAGAUAAUGCUCUCUCUCAGCCCUCAGCAAGGGGGUGGGGAGUUUACCAAUGGCAAAAAGAAAGGCCUAGAGGCUGUCUCCAGCGGAGUUCCCCGAGAGAGCACCUACCUGGGGGAUGUUUACGACGAUUAUUAUGGCGGGCAUGAUGACAGCACUGAAGAGCCAAUCUCUGAAAAGGCUGCAAGUGACAAAGUGGAGGGUACAGCGAACGAACCCUCUUCGCCUGCACCGAUGCCCAAACCUGUCCAAGGAUUGGGCGAUGUCCCUCCCCUGAACCCGAGCUCGAUGAGUCCUCGCCCAUUGAGUCCCCGCAAAUCGCAACCCUCUGUCCAAACCCCAGCCUUGAAGCACAGGUUCUCGUGGGAAAUGGGAGAGGAACAGGUGGACUCGCCUGCUGAGGCCAAGCAGUCCAUUCCUGCACCAGCCGUCGCAGCGACCACGGAGGCUUCUGCGGACAAGGCAAAGCCCGAAGAGCCGGAGCCAAAGAGCCUAAGCAUCGUCCCGCCCACCCAGCCGCCUGCCCAACCGCCGUCCUCGCUUAUGGGAUCCCCGCUAUCUCCUAGCGAAUCGAACAGUGACAUCAACCCUAUCUCCUCUGGUGCCACCAAUACUUCUCACUCGGUCUCCGAGGCGAGCACCCUGCCCCCUGGAAAGCUCCUUUCUGCCAUAGAACUACCUUCACCCAUCUCCGUACGAUCUGAUGAGCAGAACAAAUCGGCAAAUGAGGGCCCCUCGGCCCGCACCCUGGCUGAGGAGAAGAAACUGAUGACGAGCACAUCAAGUCCCAUCUCCCCAACACCCCGAGAGGAGCACCCUGCGUUCUUGGAUGCCCCAACACUCGCCAGCGCACCUGCCGUAGGGGAAACUGCAGCUUCUCCGACCGAGACGACGCCAACUGCGAUGGGCCCGGUGGGCGGAACACUGGAGCCGACGACCGUGGCGCCGACGUUGGCUGCAACGGCACCCACGCCCACAACGGCUACCCCGACGGGACCAGGGAUGCCGCAGUCGCCAACUGCGUCGCCUGCAUCCCCCAUCCUGGCCAAGAUAGCGCCGUUUAAAGAGAUCAUGGCACUACCGACGGCCGCCCAGCGGAUAGAGCGCCUGGACGAGACCAGGAAUAUAUUCUCCAAGAUCGACUCGGGGCUCGUCUCGUGGCUGGUGGUCAUGACGCAGGUGCCCGAGAACUCGAACGCGUCGUGGUCGCUCAAGGACAACAUCACCAACGAAAUGCUUGCGGCAGGGGGCCAAAAGCCGGGUCAUCAUCAGCCUGGACAUGGCGCCACGGCUACCAAUAGCGGCGGCGGCGGCGGCGGCACCCGGCCCGUCAGCGGGCUCGCCUCGGGGUCGCAGUUCACGGCGGCUGACUUGCGGCACUCGGGCAAGGAGGUGGGUGCCAAGGGCAAGGAGUUGCUCAUGGCGGGCGGCAAGGCUGCCAAGGGGCUGUUUAGCAAGGGCAAGAGCAAGUUCCGUGCUUUUGACCGUUAAGCUGUUCUGCUUGUUGUAUUCCACCUCGGUGUGUUUUUUUCUGUCGGUAACGGAACCGGGACGCUGUGUAGUCUGUCUGAACUUUGCCACGUUGUUUGGAGAUGUCGAGUGUAGCCACAUCUCGCUAGGCAGUCCUAGGUCGGACUAAUGCUGUUGUUAUAGUCUUUGAAACGGAUGGCAGGGCUGUUCUUCCGUUCUAUGUAACUUUCUUUUUCCUGAGCUUGUUUGUUGGCUCUAUCUUUCGGUCCUUUGACGAAGACCAGGAGCCUUGCUGGACUGCGGAUAUUUCACGCUUUUAUUUCCCGUAAUACCAAUUACCCCUGCCCCUUGUCCCGUAGCAUCACACAUAGUGCCACUAGCCACCACUACCAUCGACCUAGGGAUAGCAUCUAUUGCCGCCGCACGCGAGAGGCGCAGACUAACACAGAAUGUUUGAAUGUUUCCAAAUCUUGCGUCGCUGUUUGGUCCUUCCUAGUACGACG